CCUUGGAUCAGGACCACAUCCCCAAGCAUCCCAGCGAUCGGCAGCACGCUCGAGAGCCUCGCCCUCGUAUUCGCAAACCAUCACCCACCCACGCUUCCGCUGCCCAUGAACGACACAUUCGAGAAGCUGAGGAUCCGCCUCGAUAAACACACCGACGGCCUCAUGGAGCCCGACAAAGCCGGCAGGAUCCUGGCCAAGGUCGAGAGCUUCCGAGCCCAGAUCGAAAUGGAGAAGGUGAUAGUCGACAAGCCGAUCGACGGAUGUGUUUUUGCCUUUGUGCUGCCUCCGCAGCUGCCCCUGCCGCACGAUGGCUAUGGCUGGAUGGACGAAGAGACCUCUGUGCGAGUUCAAUUCGAGGCCGGCAAAGAAGUCGAAGUCUUUUCCAGACGCCACGGCUUUGGAAUCGAAGAUCGCAUCACAUCGAUGUCGCGCCGCCGGUUUCGUCUGAUCAUCAACGGAGUGCAUUCCAAUCUCCAACUCUUGCACUACUCAAAGGCUCCAGCGGGUAUCCCAGUCACCGGUGCCGCCUAUGCCAGUCCUCGGCUUCCCAGCCAUUUUCCAAUGUCGGCUGUCCAUAACCCCCUGGAUCUUGCUCGGCGGAACCACGAGGCGCAAGCGGCCCUGCAGAGACGAAUCAAGACAAGGCCACUGCCCACUGCAGCGGGAGCAAAAUCGAGCGACGAUCUGAAGCAUCAACCCGAGCUGGACAAGGCAUCACUUACAAGCGUGUCUCUGCAGCGAUACAAACGCAACCAUGAGCUCCUCGAGAUGAUCUUUUCGCCCUACCCAGUUGAACACUUCCAAGGAAUCACCACUGCCCCGCUUGUGGCACCCGCCGACUAUCAGAGCAAAAAGGCCAAGAUCGACGGCGAGUUGGCAAAACUAAAGACAGCCCACUCUGAGCACAUUCAAAAGAUCCACAGAGAAUCGCGAAGCUUCUGGAACUAUAUGGAUCGCAUCAAGAACAGCCAGAGCAUUGAGGACUUGGAGAAGUACGAAUCUCAAGCUCUCAAGGAGUUUGGUAUCAACAAGAAGCCACACAGACCAGUGAUACAGCGCCAACUGCCAUCGUCGUAAAACACACUGUCCCGUCGGCGAUCCUCUCGAGCUUCUCAGUAUACAGCCCCCCCCCCUCCACGUUUCCGCAGCUCCGUUCUGGGGCCGAGGCCGUAUGGGAGGCCAACCAAGGAUCGUGCGCAGAAAUAUAUCAUUGAUAGGA